AUGAAAAUUGUUAUAUUAGCUUUGAUCCCAAUUGUUAUAUUAUACCCCGACAACUCAGUCCAUGCUGCUGAUGGUGGUAAAUCUGUUGAACCUAAGGAAGUCACAGUAACGCUUGAUAUUAAGAAGACUCAAGAAAACAAUGACUACAACUACCAUUGGGAUAAAGAUACGGUAACAUUUAGGCCAAAAGGGAACAAGUUGUUCUCUAAGAUAGUGAGCAAAAACUCUGAAGUUUGGUCAUCUAAGGAUAGUGAUUACGCCCGUGAAGUAUUAGUAAAGGGUAAAUACAGCGGUAAAAAAGAUCUUGAAAUUACCCUCAAGAGUGGUAAGUUGGUAAAACUCCACAAGGAAGUGGUAAAUAGAAAGAUACUUAAGCUCAAUGACGGUGUAAAUGCUGCUCAGUAUAGUCAAAAUUCUACAGGCCAGGCUCGUUUACGUGGAAAUUAA